GUGAGCUAUGUGUAUUUUUGUUUACUUCCGUUUUUCAUCCACUUCCGUUUCAUCGAUGAUCCAUUAUCUGAUUGCAAAAUAAACAGAACUGAGGAAGACAUAAUCAUGAACAGUGAGUGGAGUCUAGGAAAUCCAGAAUUAUUACAACAGAUAGGAACUUUGGUUUGGGCUAUAAAUGACGACAAAGCACCAAAGCUCGUGGAAAAUUUGGCAGCCUUUAGAAUUGGUUAUGAAGUGUAUGAAAGACUGAGCGGGGAAAGAGAGGUAGAUGCAUUACGCAAUCAAACCAUCCUGGCUAUUGCAAAGUUCGUCAAAGAUCAUCCAAAAGCCUCAAAAGAAGAACUAGUGAAAGAAAUAUCCAAGCAGAUUUGGUUGUUCACUCAAAGACUUGAGAAAAUCUAGACUAGUAGGUUGUGAUCUAAGGAGUAUAUAUAGGUUAAAAGUUCGAUAUCCCGUCUUUUGAUUUGUGCUUUACUAAUGAUGGAUUUUUGGAAAAAAGUAACUGAAGAACUAGUGGAAGAACAUACAGAGUUCCCAACCCUUAUUUCAAUGAGUCAACCAAAUUACUGCUUAGUGACUGUGUGAUGCAUGUUGGGAUGGAUUUUUUAAAUUUUAUUAUACAAUGUACUCACAGUUUAUGAAAAAAUUCAUCAUCUAAAAUUUCUUUUUCUACAUUCAGUAUAUGUUGUUACAUAAAGAAAAUAUAAACACCACACACGUAUUCUAGUAUAUUUAGUAUAAGCUGCAAAGAAUGUAUAUGUUUAUAUAUGUUGUACUGGUAUUUAUAUAGAUGUCGUGUAUACCAAUAAUAAAUCAAGUUUUAAAAUUAAAAAA